CCCAUCUUCCCUUUCAAAACCCAUAAACCACAACACUUUGUACCAUACCAUGCUCUCUCCCUGCCUCUCCACUUCUGCUCCUCCACGUGUAACAUUCAAGCGACCGUUAGUAACGAACAGCACCACCACCACUCUCCCGCCGCGAAAUCUGUCUCUGAAGAAACCUCAAGGCAUGGCCUCAUCUUUGUACGAGAUUCUAAGGAUUCCGGUGGGGGCAACAAACCAGGAGAUCAAGACUGCUUACCGGAGACUGGCCAGGACUUACCACCCUGACGUGGUUGCCGAGGACCGGAAAGACACGUCUGCUGACGAGUUUAUGAAGUUACACGCUGCCUAUUCAACUCUAUCAGACCCGGAAAAGCGGGCUGUUUAUGAUAGUAAGCUAUUUAUAAGGAAGCAGCGGCCAUUGACCACCGUGGGGUUUUCGGGCUAUAGUGGCCGGACAUGGGAAACUGAUCAGUGUUGGUAGCCCAAUGUGACGAAUGAAAAGAUUUUAGUAGCAAUCGAUCAGAAAUGCAAAACCCGAUCAGUCAUGAAUAUACAACACUAGCCGUGUACAAACAUGGCUUUCAACAAGAUGAGGGAGAUGCUGAGCAAAAUGGCGCCAACUGUUUCUGCAUCCUUAAUCGCGACUGAUGCUAUCAACUGUCGUAUUAAAUACUUUGUAGAUAUUAUAUAAUAUUGUAAGUAUACAUGCGCAAAAAGUAAUACAAACAAAGCCUGUAAGAUUGAGUACAGUACUUGGAGGCAUAUCUUGUGUAACUGGAGAUUAUUAAAGUAAUUUUCUACAAGAGCUGAAAUUGUGCAA